GCUGCCCUACGGCGCACAGAUGUCAUUCUAGAAGUAGGCCCGGGAACUGGUAACCUGACAGUAAAGAUGUUAGAGAAAGUAAAAAAAGUUAUUGCUUGUGAAAUUGACCCGAGACUUGUUGGUGAACUUCAGAAGAGAGUCCAGGGCACGUGUCUGGCAAACAAGCUUGAAAUCAAGGUUGGAGAUAUCUUGAAAACAGAUCUGCCUUUCUUCGAUGCAUGUGUGGCUAACUUGCCUUACCAGAUUUCUUCACCUUUUGUUUUCAAGUUGUUGCUUCAUAGACCUUUUUUCAGGUGUGCAAUACUUAUGUUUCAGAGGGAAUUUGCACUUCGUUUGGUUGCAAAACCAGGAACUAAGCUAUACUGCAGACUCUCUAUUAAUACUCAGUUAUUAGCUCGAGUGGACCACCUGAUGAAGGUGGGGAAAAACAACUUCAGGCCUCCUCCCAAAGUUGAAUCCAGUGUUGUCAGAAUAGAGCCAAAGAAUCCACCGCCACCUAUCAACUUCCAGGAGUGGGAUGGUCUGGUAAGGAUAGCCUUUGUUAGGAAAAACAAGACGCUUUCUGCAGCAUUUAAGUCAAGUGCUGUAGAGCAGUUGCUGGAUCACAAUUACCGAAUUCAUUGUUCCUUACAUAACACUGAAAUACCUGAAAACUUCAAAAUUGCAGAGAAAAUACAGGCUGUCCUAAAAAAUACAGGUUAUUCUGAAAAACGAGCCCGUUCAAUGGAUAUAGAUGAUUUCAUCAGGCUACUACAUGGCUUCAAUUCAGAAGGCAUCCAUUUCUCAUAG